AUGACACAGAUAGCUAGGCAGAGAGCCGCCCGCCUGCCAGGGGCAGGAGACACAGCCUGCGGCUCCACACCGGGGCCAGGGGGCGGUGCCAGGGCAUGGACACCACCCCCCGGGGGUCCCCGCCAACGGCCACCCUCCUCUUCACACGUCGUGAGUUGCUUGCGGGGAACUUGGGUCGGAGCCGCUGCCUCUGGGGCGCGUGCCCGUGAGCGUCCACCAUGGUGUGGGAGUGCGCGCGCUCUCCGGGCCCCACCGCCCCUGCCCGCCGCCGGGGCCGCCAGCGCUACGUGGAGAAGGACGGGCGCUGCAACGUGCAGCAGGGCAACGUGCGCGAGACCUACCGCUACCUGACCGACCUGUUCACCACGCUGGUGGACCUGCGCUGGCGCCUCAGCCUGCUGGUCUUCGUGCUGGCCUACGCGCUCACCUGGCUCUUCUUCGGGGCCAUCUGGUGGCUCAUCGCCUACGGCCGCGGCGACCUGGAGCACCUGGAGGACGCCGCGUGGACGCCGUGCGUCAACAACCUCAACGGCUUCGUGGCUGCCUUCCUCUUCUCCAUCGAGACGGAGACCACCAUCGGCUACGGCCACCGCGUCAUCACCGACCAGUGUCCCGAGGGCAUCGCGCUGCUGCUGCUGCAGGCCAUCCUGGGCUCCAUGGUGAACGCCUUCAUGGUGGGCUGCAUGUUCGUCAAGAUCUCGCAGCCCAACAAGCGCGCUGCCACGCUCGUCUUCUCGUCGCACGCCGUGGUGUCGCUGCGUGACGGCCGCCUGUGCCUCAUGUUCCGCGUGGGCGACCUGCGCUCGUCGCACAUCGUCGAGGCGUCCAUCCGCGCCAAGCUCAUCCGCUCACGCCAGACGCUCGAGGGCGAGUUCAUCCCGCUGCACCAGACCGACCUCAGCGUGGGCUUCGACACGGGCGACGACCGCCUCUUCCUCGUGUCCCCGCUCGUCAUCAGCCAUGAGAUCGAUGCUGCCAGCCCCUUCUGGGAUGCGUCGCGCCGCGCGCUCGAGAGGGACGACUUCGAGAUUGUGGUCAUCCUGGAGGGCAUGGUGGAGGCCACGGGAAUGACGUGCCAAGCCCGGAGCUCCUACUUGGUGGACGAGGUGCUGUGGGGUCACCGCUUCACAUCUGUGCUCACGCUCGAGGACGGGUUCUACGAGGUGGACUACGCUAGCUUCCACCAGACCUUCGAGGUGCCCACGCCAUCCUGCAGUGCCCGCGAGCUGGCCGAGGCGGCCACCCGCCUGGACGCCCACCUGUACUGGUCCAUCCCCAGCCGGCUGGACGAGAAGGUGGAGGAGGAGAGCCCCGGGGAGGGCGCGGGGGGCGAGGCGGGGGCUGACAAGGAGCAAAACGGCUGCCUGCCGCCCCCCCAGAGCCAGGGCGAGGCCAAGGCGUGAGCCGGUAGUGUGGACGCCCCCACGGGGCCAGCGCAUGGGACGGGUGGUGGGGGCAGGCCUGGCGCCCCGGGGGACAGUGAGGGUGGGCGGUCUGUGGGAGAGCCCUGUAGUGCCCGGGAGAGCCCUCGCGGCCAGCCGGAGGUGGGAGCAGGGGACAGCGGGCCCCCAGCAGGCACCGGGCAGCCUGACCAGCAGGUGUCUGCCCAGGCAGCGGCCCGAGUGCACCCAGGGAGCACGGGGACAGACAGGGGACGUCUGUCAUCACCCUGCCCCGGUGUGACAGGCCCCAGGGGUCAGCAGGUGGCGUGGACCAAGGGCAGGAGAGGCAGACAGUGAGUUCGCGGAGGGGCACCCUGGGAAGUGGAGCUCAGUGGGGAGGUCACUCAGAGCAUCUGCCAUGUCCCCCGGGGGUGAGCAGGGGGGGUGACCUACUGUGAGAAGGGG